CGCAGACUUCGAAAUAAAAAUAUUGUAAAGGCUCAACUCUCUUGAAUGCAACACAACAAGAGAACUCCCAUACAAAGUUUAAAGCCUCGUGACCUUCGAAGAGAGAGAAACCAGCGCAUUUACUUAAAAUGACCGGUCUAGUGAUGGUGACCAAAGGGGGUGUCUGUGGUGGCGGUGGGAAGGGAGGAGUUAAAGGAGGAGUCAAGAGCUGCGAGGAAGAGCAGCAGAACCAGAUAUCUGUUCUGGCGCUGCUCUUGGCUGCUUUGAGGAAAUCUAUGGUGUCUUGUCGAAUCGAUAGACAAGAUGAUGUAAUGUCAUCCACCACCGUUCAUCAUAUGGAAAUCGGGUGGCCAACUAACGUAAGACACGUCACCCAUGUCACCUUUGAUCGUUUCAAUGGCUUCUUGGGCCUUCCCGUUGAGUUCCAAGUUGAAAUCCCCAGUCGGGUACCAAGUGCCAGUGCUAGUGUUUUUGGGGUCUCAGCGGAAUCAAUGCAAUGUUCCUUCGAUUCCAAUGGGAACAGCGUCCCCACUAUACUGUUGUUGAUGCAGGAGCGGCUUUAUUCGCAAGGAGGAUUAAAGGCGGAGGGGGUUUUCCGGAUAAAUCCAGAGAACGGCCAAGAGGAGCGUGUAAGAGAUCAACUGAACAAGGGCAUUGUGCCUGAUAAUAUUGAUGUCCACUGUCUUGCAGGCCUUAUAAAAGCCUGGCUCCGAGAGCUUCCUUCGGGGGUUCUCGAUGGACUUUCCCCCGAAGAGGUUCUCAAAUGCAAUACUGAAGAAAAGUCUGUUGACCUAGUGAAGCAGCUAAAGCCUACUGAAGCUGCACUGCUCGAUUGGGCUGUUGGUCUUAUGGCGGAUGUCGUCGAGGAAGAGGAGUCGAACAAAAUGAAUGCAAGGAAUAUUGCUAUGGUUUUUGCUCCGAAUAUGACUCGGAUGUCUGAUCCAUUGACGGCUCUGAUGCAUGCUGUUCAAGUGAUGAACUUGCUCAAGACAUUGAUCAUCAAAACACUACGGAAACGUGAAGAGACGGCAACGGGAGGGUAUUCACCGAUGUCAUCUCAUUCGUGUGAUGGCCCUACAGAUGAGGAGUUUGAUAGUCAGCAUGAGACGGAUACGAGUUGUGAACUGAGACGACCGACGUCCGAUUAUGAUAACAACCUUUACAAUAACUGUAGCGGAGAUGAAGACGAAGUCGAUGCUGAUGUCGAGUCAUUAGGUGAAAUAGAGGAGUUUGUCUCAAGUCAACCGGAUGAAAACAAGAAUGUCACACAGUGUUUUUCGGAGGAAGCAGCUGAUCAGUCCCAGAUAGACCAUGGAAGUCCAAGAAGUUACACAGAUAACAGGAAAGGGAAUCCUGCCUUGAGUACAAGUAACGGAGAGAAGAACAUUGGCGAUGCGGAUAUGAUAGACAAACUCGAUGAUGAGUCUACGACAUCCGACAUGUCGUCUAUGUCUACUGCCGGCUGACCGAUGAUUUGACCCUCGGAUUAUUUAGAACAACACUUGCACAUUUUGGGUUGUCUCUCUUCCUUGUAAAUUGACAAAGUUGGGGGUUUGGUUGAGCA